UGACCAAAUAUCUUCCGAUCCGCGUAGAAAAUCUUACAAAAAUGAUUCUUACGUUUUUAAUUUCAACUAUAUUUACUGUGCUCAUAAUUGGUUACUUAUAUUUAUUAUGGAAUUAUUCGUAUUGGAAAAGAGUUGGUCUGGAUUACAUAGAACCACAGAUGUUUUUUGGAAAUUUCAAAGAAGUUAUUUUACAAAAAGUAUCUCUAGGCGAAAAAUACUCAAAAUUGUACAGUACAUUUAAAAAGAAAGGAGCAAAACAUGGUGGAUUAUUUUUACUACACCAACCGGUGUAUAUGCCUCUUGACCUGGAUAUUAUUAAAAACAUUUUAAUUAAGGAUUUCAAACAUUUUAUGAACCACGGACUUUACGUUAAUGAAGAAAUUGAUCCACUUACGGCGCAUCUUUUUAGUUUGGAAAAUGAAAAGUGGAGACGGUUGAGAUCAAAAUUGACACCUGCUUUUACUCCAGGAAAAAUAAAAAUGAUGUUUCCUACUAUAAUGAACUGUACAAGAACUUUAACAGAAUUACUAACCAGUCAUGCAGCUGAGAAUAAAGUUGUUGAUAUAAAACAAGUGAUAAAAGAAUAUGCAGUUGAAGUAAUUGGUUGUGUAGCUUUCAGUAUUGACUACAACGUUCUCAAAGAACCGAAUUCUGAAUUUAAGUAUUUUGCAAAAAUGUUCCUUGAAGACAAUACCUUUGGUACUUUAUUAAAAUGUUUAAUUGGACUCACUGUGCCAAAGAAUAUUCUUAUUAAAUUGGGUUAUAGACAAACACGACUAGACUUUGAAGAUUUCUUCAUGGGAUUGGUAAGAAAAACAAUUCAAAGUAGAGAAGAAAACAGCAUUGAAGAAACAGAUUUUCUGAAAUGUCUAUUGCAACUAAAAAAGGAAAAUAAAAAUGAUUUUCUUACAUAUAAUGAACUAACUGCUCAAUGUUUUCUAUUUUUUAUUGCUGGAUUUGAGCCUCCAACUAUAGCAUUAACUUUCGCGUUCCUAGAAUUAGCCUUAAAUCCUGAAAUUCAAGAAAAGUUAAGAGAAGAAAUUAGUUUGGUGUUACAGGAGAACGAAAAUAAAUUAACAUAUAAAAAUAUUAUGGGAAUGAAAUAUUUAAACAAAGUUGUACACGAAACCAUUCGAAAACAUCCACCUGGGGCUGGCACCAUUCGAGUUUGUAACGAGAACUAUAAAGUACCAAAUACAAAUAUCGUAUUAGAAAGCGGCACUAGAGUAUUUAUUCCAAUUCAAGGAAUACAUAAUGAUCCGGACUAUUAUCCCGAUCCAGAAAAUUUUGAUCCUGAAAGAUUUAAUGAAUUAAAUAAAUCAAACAGACAUCCUUGUGCUUUUCUGACGUUUGGGGAAGGACCUAGGACAUGUUUGGGUUCAAACCUUGGUCUUUUACAAGUGAAGCUUGCAUUGACAACCAUUAUUAAGGAUUUCCAGAUUACCUUAAACCCAAAAACUAAAUUACCGAUUAGAUAUUCACCGAUGUCUUUCUCGACGUGGUUAGAAGGAGGAGUAUGGCUAGAUGUCUCAAAAAUAAAUAAAAUUUAAAUAAGAAAAUCAUGUUUUU